AUGUCACAGUUCGAUCACGCGGAUCUGAUCCAUACACGUCAAGAUUCUACUUAUACUGAGCAUGUGCCAUCGAAUACAGCUGAUACGGCCCGGUCAAACCUCUUCCACUGGACUAUGCCAGGUUACGAUGACUACGUCGCAACAGUGAUACGGACGAGCGAUGGAUCUACGCGCUGGAACAUCUUUGACGAAGGCAACGCCGGAUCAUGUCUUAUCCUAAGAAUCGAUCCUUCAGAUGACAGCCUUACACGGUUGGACGAUCCCUCGGUCACUGUUCCUCGAAGCUGCGCAUUUGCAUUCGCCAGGGAUAUCGUGUAUACGGAGUACCCAAACUGCACACAAGUGCACAAGCAGCUUCAUGACAUGGCGCAAGGAGGAAACGCAGAAGCCACUCGACGGUCAGAACCAUACCGCCCAAUCCAGAACGAUAUGUUACAGAAGAUCUGCGAUACAUUUUUCAAUUAUCAAGCGGAAGGUAUCCCCAUCAGGUCCAUGUAUACUCAGGAGGAGAUGAGGCAGACAGCAGCAGCCUUCAGCGAGUCUGUAGCGGGACAAGUCGAGGCUGGAACGGAUUUGACAUGGUUCGCGCCUUUCGCAGCCAGCACCAAACAUGCCAGAGAGCGAAAUGUCAAGUGUCUUUGCAGAGCCAUCUGGGCGCAUUUGCCACCUGAGAAUCGAUCGCCUGACUCCAUUCAUUACGGCGAGACUGAGCAUGGGGCGGACAGAGGCGCCUGGCCAUCUCGAUUAUCCUGGCGUGACGACCUGAGCCUGAUUUACUUUCUUCUUGUAAUCAUGGAUCCCACUGCUAUGAGCCAUUCCAAACACAUGUAUAACGAAGUCGCUACGGGCAUGUUCGCUAAUCUUGCUGGUGACGCACUCGUGUAUCACAGGGAAGAUUGGGAUGGUAACAGCUCUCCUUGUCCCCAGAUGAUCUCCGUAGGGGAGGCGAGUAAAAACCAAAGGGACUGCUGCUCCACCAUGAGUCUGAUGCCAGCGUGUUCCGCUUCCUACGAUCUCGCCACCACGGACGUGUCUUUCAGCUUCAGAACAGAUUACGAUCCGACUACUGAUACAACAGUCCAACCCAUCCUAUUCUGCUGGGAUAGUGCUUUCGCAGGUACACUCGACAACCGAUCUGGCACAUGGGUGUUGGAUAUUCCGGGAAGUGAAAACGACAUCGACCAUAGUUCGAGCCACGAGGACGGAAGGAAUGGCCAAUCCAUUCUCAAGGUCAGGUUCUCUGGCACUAGCGGUUGUGAUGUGAUGUACCCCAUCGCAGGCAACGAACAGCGAUUGAUGAAGGCCCUUGGAGUAGCUGCGUGCGCUGUUGUACAUCCCCUGUUUCCAGCCAACAACCUUCCGGCCAUCUUGAAAGACUACCAGAAGGUCGUCUCCGCUUCUAUCAGGUAUCAGGAAAUUUGGAUCAACUCCGAUGCGUCGACCAAACACCUCGGAGUCCCCGCAAGAUUGGCCUGGAAUCGCAUUCUUCAAGUCAUUGAGGAAUGCCAUGAACAGUUGACCGAUUUGGACGGCACAUUUUCCCGCAGAACGAACAGAGCGGAUAAAGAUCGUGCCAGGCGAAGUCUAGCAUACGCUGUGUACUAUACGAUAGACGGACUGGAGACCAUGGAUGAAGACCAACUGAAGCAAAUACUGAGAGCUUUCAUCAUAGAGCUACUCAAAUACAUCUCUCGCAGGGAAAAGACCGACUAA